AGAGCUGCUGCCUCCCGCGGGGCGAUGGAGGUGCACGGCUGAAAACACCAAGGUGGCUUCCAAAAAAUAAACGUGCGGCGUGCUCAGAGCUGGGCUGCGAGCUCCAGGCUGCCCCUGUGGCGCUGCCAGCUGACCGUGACCUGUCACUGCUGGGUUCCACCGCGGGCAGCGGCAAGGAGCGGCUGCGCUGGAACCUGAGGGGCAGGGUCAGGGGGAAGAGGAGGCUCCGUCCCUCGCGGGUGUCCCCGCAGUGUCCCCGCAGUGUCCCCGCGCUGUCCCCUCGGUGUCCCCGCGCUGCGGGUGCGGCCCCUUUAAGGGCACUGAGGGCGGAAGUGCCGCUCGGUCGCGGCUUCUCCGCCCGUUCCGCCCGCGCCGCUCUCGCGAGAUUCGCCGCUUCCGGCGCGGGCCCGGCCUUUCCGAGCAGCCGCGGCAAAGAUGGCGGAGGUGGAGCAGAAGAAGAAGCGAACCUUCCGUAAAUUCACCUACCGCGGGGUGGACCUGGACCAGCUGCUCGACAUGUCCUACGAGCAGCUGAUGCAGCUGUACAGCGCGCGGCAGCGGCGGCGCCUGAACCGGGGCCUGCGCCGCAAGCAGCACUCGCUGCUCAAGCGCCUGCGCAAGGCCAAGAAGGAGGCGCCGCCCAUGGAGAAGCCCGAGGUGGUGAAGACCCACCUGAGGGACAUGAUCAUCCUGCCAGAGAUGGUGGGCAGCAUGGUGGGCGUCUACAACGGCAAGACCUUCAACCAGGUGGAGAUCAAGCCCGAGAUGAUCGGCCACUACCUGGGCGAGUUCUCCAUCACCUACAAGCCGGUGAAGCACGGCCGGCCCGGCAUCGGCGCCACCCACUCCUCCCGCUUCAUCCCGCUCAAGUAACCCCGGGACAGAGGGCAGGGGAGGGAGCCUCGUCAGUGUAAAUAAAGAAAUUCCACCUGG